UCAUUCCUCAGCCAAGUCGCGAGAAAGUUGGACGCAAAACGAACCAUAAAAUGUCUCGCAAAAUCGGAUUCAUUGUGCUCGUCGCCAUGCUGGGACUGGCCAUUGCCCAGGAGCAGCCCUACUACCUGCAACAGUGCCCCCGGGACGAGGCCCAGAUCAACGAAUGUUUGAAGGAAAGUGGCAACAAAUUGGUCCAUUACUUGCAGAAGGGAGUGCCCGAAUUGGAUAUCUAUGAGAUCGAACCCGUUCAGAUCGACGAAAUCGGCAUUGUCCUGGGAAGUGGCCCAGAUGGAUAUCGUGCCCUCUUCCGGAACAUCCAGGCCUACGGAGUGAGCAACAUUACUGUCACAAAUGUCCGCUCCGACUUGGACUCGCUUCAGUUCCAGCUGACGUGCGAGAUUCCGCGGAUUCGCGUCAAGGCUCAGUACAGGUCUACAGGUGUGCUGAUCUUGGUGAAGGCCUCCGGAGCCGGCGACUACUGGGGAGAGUAUGAGGGCGUCAAGGCCAAGAUCUACUUCAAGGCCCUGGCCAAUGAGGGAGCUGAUGGUCGUACCUAUCUAACUACCGAUUCCGUCAAAAUGGACUUCAAUGUUAAGGAAAUUCAGAUGGGAGUGGACAACAUCGCCAAUGGCAAUUCUGUCAUACAGGCUGCCCUGAAUCUCUUCAUCAACUCCAACUCCCAGGAGUUGCUCAAGGAAAUGAAGCCGGCGCUGAGAACCAAGCUCACCCUUGUUAUUCGCAACUUUAUGGAUCGCAUUUUCGCCAAAAUCCCUCUGGAUGAAUGGAUCAACCUGAACUAGAUUGUAGACGCCCUAAUAUAAGCCCUAAUUUAUUACAAAGAGUUCAAGCUAAAUAAACUAUUUAAACAAUA